AUGUCGCUAUCCCCAGACGUUGAGGCCCGAUACACAGAGGUCAUAGAUUCAAUUCUUGCAAAAAGCGACUUGAAUACCAUUUCCGAGAAGCGCAUUCGCAAAGGCCUUCAGGAAGUCGUCGGCUAUGAUCUCACUCCUCAGAAGGCUGCAAUCAAGCAGCUUAUCAUGAAAAGGUUCGAUAUAUUCGCGGAACAAAGCGGCAUCGGAGCUUCUGAUGAUGCGGCUGCAUCGUCGACCGCCCCUACCUCCAACGGUCAGGCACAGAACCAUGAUUCAGUAACACCUGCGGAGCCCUCACCUCCUGCUCAGUCCUCAUCCCCUCAGAAGCGUCAAGCGGAGAGCGAUGACCAGUCCGAUCCAUCAAGCAAAAGCCCCCCGGCAAAGAAGAAGAAGCCCGACCACGAUAUCGACGCAGAUGCCCUCUAUGCUGCCAAAUUACAGGCAGAGGAGAACAUGCGGGCUCGACCAACUAGAGGUGCCAGUACUCGUAGGGCGGCACCGGUGAAGAAGAAGACCAAGGCCAAAACGUCCAAGAAAGUCAGGGCGGAAGACGACUCGGAUCUUGAUUCGGGUUCUGAAACAAAGAAGGAAGUGAACCGAUCUGGCGGAUUUCACAAACCAUUGAACUUGUCUCCGGCGCUUUCGGCAUUGCUGGACGGCGAGGCUACGCUUUCUCGUCCUCAAACGGUAAAGAGACUCUGGCAGUAUAUUCGUGAACACGAUUUACAAGAUCCUACCGACCGACGUCAAAUCCGUUGCGACGACGCCAUGCGCGCUGUUUUUAAACAAGAUCGCAUACACAUGUUCACAAUGACCAAGAUCCUCAAUCAGAAUCUGUAUAGCCCGGACGAAUAG